ACUCGACCUCCUCAUUCAAUCUCUUUCAGCAGCAAGGACUCCAUCCUUCCUUCCUUCUGUCAACUAUAAGAUCUAGAUCUAGAGCAAUAGCUCUAUCCAAUCUGAGUAUUGAAUCCUUUUCUGAUAUUGCUCUACAAGUAAGUACCGUAGUAAUAUCCCCUUUGGUUGAGACGACAAUCUUCAUUAUUUACGAGAAAGAAAAACCAUGCGAACGCCAACGUUCCACAACAAUCUGCAUCUACAGAGACGCCGCCUCUUGGUGGGAUCCUUCCUCCUCGUGUUGCUGCUCUCUCCUACUGCUGUGCAAGCCGACUUUAUGUCGUUUGUCCGUUCCAUGACGGGUCGCUAUGAACGCCGCAACUUUUGGUUCUACUGGUACCUCUACAAGAAGAAGCAUCAAAAGCUAGUUCAGCAGCAAAACGCCGAGUACAAUGCCACGUCCUUUCUACUCAACUACAGUCGCUGUAACUUUAGCGACCCCGACACGUUGGCAGAUUGUCCUCCGACUCCCGAGCCAGUCCAAGGCCGCAACAAUACUGCAAAUAAUUGGACCACCGUGCCCGUGGGCUGUUUGGACAAUCCCGACGAUCCCCAGUGUCAACCCGUCGUGGCGCCGGCGACCAGCGGUGGUAGUGGGAAACCCACGGGUGCCAAACAAGGAGAAUUGGAUAAUACGGACGAAGCCUACUUUAAUUGUUUGGGACAUCAUAUGGACAAGCGCUUUUGCGAACGUCCCAAGCGACAACCCGAAGAAGAAGAACAACGUGACUCGUAUCGGUACUUUACAGGGCCCUUGGCGGACAAUGUGCCACCAGGUGGCAUUUUUGGUAAUGAGAGGCCUCCGAUUUACAAGCCGUACACUUCUGGUGGAGAUCCGUUUUGGGAUGGCAUUAUUGACGGUGAAUAUUAUUUUGACGACAACAACAACAAUACUACCGGUACACCACCUGCUUCUGAUGACAACACUACCAGUACUGAUACUUCUUCUGAUUCCGCUUCCAACACUACCAGAGAUCAAUCAUCCUUGGAUCCCUACGAAAUGUUCUUUGGUCCGUAUGCUGGUGAUGGUGACGGCGACAAUAAUCAAGAUGGACAAGAAAGUGGAGGAGGAAGACAUUCUGACACGAUGGACGUGGGCGGUGGCUCUGGGUUUCUCGGCAAUCCAUUUUUGCCUCAAAAUGGAGGAACUGGUGGCGGCGAGGACAACGAGCAUGGUAUGACGGGUGGCGGCGAGAACAAUGAAGGCGGCAUGACUGGUAGCGCCACAGGCAGCGCCGAUCAUCCAUGCCAAGUCGCCUUUGAAGCCAUGGACAAUAAUGCCGGUUUAGAACCCAAGACCCCUGCCAUUCGCGUGACUCCAACUCGAGGAAGCAACCCAGACGCUACCAAAAAGGUGGAAUUCUCCGUGGCGCAGUCGUUUCAGGAAGACGGAAACCUGGCCGGAAUUGCCGUCGUGUACACCAAAGCAUCGAAUGAGGAAUUGGUUUGCGACCAACGAAGUGACGUGCCGUGGGGACGGUCCAAAUAUUACGAAGCAAAGUGUUCGGAAGAUGGUGAGGCUCUGGUCGAUUUGUAUAUUCAUGAUGCAACCAGCACCGAUGGGUCGUCGUUGUCGAGUUUGCCAGUGCUCUGUGGCUCGUGGCAAGGCACUGGGGGACGCAGCGUUCACUUUCAGGCCAAGCUUCCCUGUGACUGCCACCGACCUCAGACAGCCAUUGAACGUCCUGACGAAGAUAUUGAGGCACCGCCAUUCCCUGGUCACAUGUUGAAUAUCGAAGAUUUGGAAGACGCCAACGAACAGGAUUCCAUUAUUGAUCUCGAAGAAAUUGUUGCUGAGGCGGAAGACGAGGAGGGAGAAGACGAGGAGGGAGAAGCCAAUGCAGUGAAAUCAACGGGUUGUGCUGCAAGAGUUGACCUGCAAGUCGUGGUCCCGAAAAGACCCAUUCUAGGGUCUCGUGUUCCUCCCAUUCGAGUCAUUUCUUCGAAUGGCGCGUCCAUCAUUUUUGCUGUCGUCCAAACUUGGAAAACUGAAGGCACAUUGAAUGGGUGUGGUGUCUUGUACUUACCCACGAACGGUGAAAUCACGUGUGAUCGUCACAACAAUUUGCCUCCAGGGAGGACCAAGUAUUAUAUGGGCCAAUGUCGUGGUGGCAACGUUGACGUAUUGUUGUUCCUUUACGAUCCUACCUUUUCCACAGACGUGUCACGGGAUGGUCCUGCCAUCUGCGAACCAUGGCAACCAAGCGACGACGCGUCUCUCAUGGUUUUCAGGGCGAUCAUUCCUUGUACACCAUGCGGCGCGUUGGCACCUCCUCCGACACCGUACCCGACGACGGCUCCGUCGAGUCAGCCUUCCUUAUCGCCUUUCAACUACUACAAUUCUGUGAGACUUGAGAGAGAUCGAUAUCGUCCAACAGAAGCGCCAUCGGUAGCUCCUUCAGAAUCUCCGUCUUUGUCCCCGAGCUCAUCGCCUACCGAUUUGCCUGCUAACUCUACCUCGAACGCUACGACAUUGGCACCAUCGACCCUGGCUCCAAGUUCUAAACCGGAUAACAGCACGAGCGGUCAAAACACUUCAGCUCCAACUGCAGCGGCAAUGGGAAGUUCUAAACCGGAUAACAGCACGAGCAGUCAAAACACUUCAGCUCCAACUGCAGCGGUAACGGGAAGUCAACCAACUGACAGUCCAACUACUAGUACUGUUGCAGCACCUGGCACUGUGCAGCCUACUUCCAGCACUAGCGCGACGGGUGGCCAAGACACUACAGUGCCAACGACCUUUCAAGAAGGCACUGCAAGUCUCAUGUCUCUCUCGCCGGUUACCUCUGCCCCGACCAAUGCUGCCCUCAACGAGACGAGCACAAACACGACCCAAAGCCCUUCUUCGAACGCCACUGGACAAACGUCUGUUAGCUUUGGACCGAGCGAAAGCCCCAGUGGCAACCUGAGCGCGACCCCAUCCAAAACUCCAAGCAUUACACCCAGUGUUCCUCCAUCUCAUACCCCGUCUUCUCAGCCAAGUUCAGAAGGCACACCAAGCACAGCACCAAGUACGAGCCCCAGUCAAGCCCCAUCGCCGACUCCUAGUGAAAGCCCCACGCAACUCCGAGCAUUGUCCCAAGCGCAACUCCCAGCAGUGCCCCAAGCACAUCUCCGAGUGACACCACAAAUGCAAAAGGAGGCUUUGAUGCGAGGAGCUCUGCGGAAAACUCGAAGACGGCUACACCUUCUAUCGUCGAAGCAACUAUACCAUUUGCAUCCCCCAUUGCAGCCAAAGCAAGUAACCCACCAACGACGUCACCAAGUGACAGACGCAGCAGCGCGCCAACGACGACUGUUCCAAGCGCCGAACAAAGUGUGA